AAGUUCGAACGUCAGUCGGCGCGCCAGUUGGUCGAGAGCGCGCGUUGUGGCUGUACGUCGCGUUGCGUUAGCGUAUAUAGCGAAUAUUAAAAAGUAAUAAAUUAACAGAAAAGUUUUCGAUGUGUUAGUUACUGUGAAGUGAAAAAAUAGUUAUCUGUUCAGGACCGGAAUUAUUUACCACUAUCUUUUUCUGAAGUUUGUACGGGAUACGGUAGUAGGCUCGUCCGUUAUCACAUGGGAAGGAAUACAUAUGUUGAAAAUUCAGUGCACUAGUUACAACUCUGUCUAAGCCUUCGGGGAUCAAAGGCGUUUUGAUGACCAGCCUCGUUUAGUCUUAGUUCCGAGGAUAAUCAAGGGCCGGCACGAUGUUGCAGCAAAUAUUGCGCGACAUGUGGGUGGACCCCGAGAUCCUGGCCGAGCUGGACGAGACGCAGAAACAGACGCUCUUCUGCAAGAUGCGAGAGGAACAGGUUCGCAGAUGGCAGAUCUGGGACCAGAAAGUGAACACGGACGAAGAGCAGCCCAAGUUUCAGAAGAACGUUAAGAAGCAAGUUCAGUUCCUUAAGGGAGAAGAUGGAGAACCAUGGGUGUGGGUGAUGGGCGAGCACCCUGACGACAAGUCGAUAGAGAGCAUCCUCGCAGAGGAGGCGCGGCAGCGCGCCCUCGCGCAGGCGAGGGAGGAGGCCCACCAGCUCAGGAAAUCCGUCGAGAAGGAGCUCACGCAGCUCAUCGACUACAAGCCGCUCGACAGCUUGGAACAGAAAUUCGAUCUAUCACCCAAAAGCAUAGACCCCCUGGACGACCUGGAGAUCUACUGCACGGUAGAUGAGCUGCGGCAGCGGAUCCAGGAAUUGGAGCCGGAGGUGAAAAUCUCGGAGAAACCAGAUAUUAGAGACAACCUCGCGAGCGACAAUAUCAAACUGGACCUCAACAAGAACACGCUGCAUUUUAAUUUUAUAGAAGGGAAGCGAGACGUCCUACAGGAUCUUGGUCUCCCAAACAACGGUGACUGUGUGAGUCACCGCGUGGCGGCGUGGGAGAGACGUGUGGCCGCGGCCAGGGCUGGCGACAUAUUGCGCGGUAUCCGAGCCCGGAGAGCAAAAACCUUGCGGGACGCGCAACUGCACGCGCACGAUGACGAUGCAGCUUGGAGGGAACAAGAGCGCAAGGCCAAGGAGGCCGAGGCGAACAUGCGCGAGAUCGCGCGCGCGGCCCGCGAGGCGCACCGCCGCAGCGCGCACCUCGCCGCCGCGCACCUCGCGCCCGACACCGCACAAGCUGGCAAACCACCGAACAGAGAGGCCGUGAUGGAGUGGUUCAGGACACAGGAGCUGAAGAGGGGCGUCGGACUCGAUGAGAACAACAAGCCUGUCGAUUGGUUCCAUGGUCUAAUAACCCGUUCCGAGGCGGAGCAGGUGCUAUCGGCGGCGGUGGCGGGUAGUUUCGUGGUGCGCAUCUCGGAGCGCGUGUGGGGCUACGCGCUGUCGUACCGCGGCGCCGACGCGCGCUGCAAGCACUACCUGGUGGAGGCCGCCGCCGCCUACCGCCUGCUCGGCACCGGACAGCGGACCCACCAUAGCUUAGCUGAUCUCAUAAACUACCACAAAACGGUGGCCAUCACAGAGAGCGGGGGUGAGCUGCUCACCACUCCGGUCCCGCCCGCGCAGCCUCCCGCCUGCCUCGAACAGGAGUCUUAAACGCUUUCACUACGUCAGGAAUAGGGACGUCAGUCGGGCUUGACAAGUUAGCUUGAUAAUAGAUGAUGUUACAUGAGGAAUGAAGUUUGAUUUUUGGAACGAAUGCGCUGAUCUAAUAAGAAAUUAAAUGUAAUAAUUGAAGUAGUAAAAUAUCGUAAAUGGAAUGGAUAGGAUGACGAGCGCAGGGGAAUACCAAACGAUAUUUUGUAAUUCAAAGUGUUGGAUGGUGUUUCUAGUGUUUAUGAUGUUGAUGGUGUUUGUCUCGUCAUUCAAAGCAAUAAAAAAAUAAUAAAUAAGAACAGUAUAAGAGUUUUAAAAAAAAUCAAUCAACUUUAAUAUUUUGAGGCACAACCAACUACACGGCCUAAAAUAUCUUCAAAUUUAUUGUCAAUUUGUGACUUCAAUCCCGACUGAUUUCCUAUCUAACGUAGGUUUAGAACUAGGGACCACUUAUACGUUCAGUCAAUGUAUUAUUGUAGUUUAAGAAGUUACUCAUUUACUAUAAUUUAGUUGUAUUUAUCGAAAUAUACACUGGGUAGAUUAGCCAAUCGGCUCUAAUGCUGCCGAAGGUCGGAAUUGCAAAAUGUGUCAAGGAAACACUCUAUUUCAUUAGUAGGCCGCUUACAGACUAUCAUGUUUUCACGUACACCGCAUGCGAUAUUGACGCAUCAAUAUAAUAAUAAAUUGUGUGUGCUACAGUCUUCCUUAUAUUUUAAACAAUAAGGCUGACUUCAGACGGUGAUACUUUUGAUCAAUAAUAGUUAAUUUAAAAAUACGAAUAGAAAGGAGUGUGAAUUGCUAAAUCGUACGCGAUAAUAAUACCAAUCAAAAGGUCAUCGUGUGAAUGUAGCCUUAUUGUAAUAAAGUUUUUUGUCUAUGCAUUGCAUUUAAUUCCAGAGAUGCACUUAAUGUUGAAACACGUACAAUGGGUGUUUCUCAACAAUCAAUUUAAAACUCAAUGUUGUUUAUUUUUAGUUUCAAAAUAGAUCGAUGAAGAGUGUAAUAAGCGAAUUUUUAUAUAUUUUUUUCUAUCUAAUCGUUAUUUUGUCAACGUCUUCGUGAGUCAUAAGAUUUUUAAUAUUCAUAAUUUUUUCUACUAUAAUUAAUAUUUGUGGCUGUUAUUGACAGUCGUUACUUUUUGAAUUUACGCGGGAAAUAAACCAAUCAAAACAUCUGUAAGCAUGCGCUUUACUCUGAUUGGUCCGUUUCGAUAUUAGAAGUUAGCAUUUGGGAUUUAUUGAAACCGUCUGUAGACCAGGCAGCCUUUCCACUAGAGAUGUGCUUAUUUGACUGUUAAACUUAUGUGCGUUUGUGUAUAUUCUAUUAAAUUAUUCAUUUUGAUACAUAUUCAGAAAGGCUAAAAUGUGAUAAAAGAGGAAGUCGAGUAAAGCGAAUAAUAACUGGUCAAGUUUUAAAAAAAAUUUCAAAGACCAUAGGCUCUUUUGAAUACAGGUUGAUUUCUCACUAUAGAUAGAGACUUUCCCGCCCUCACACCCACCACUACAACUCCUGUAAGCCAGGAUCAGCAGUGGCACGCAUUAUAUGACACCGAGCAGUGAAGCUCGGCGAGUCUCAGGGAAAACUAAUAUAUUAUUAUCUCAACGAAAUUAAUCAAAUAGAAAGAUAGGGAGGAGUUGAAAAUAUUAAUUAUACACUUCCUUCCAUAGCAUGAUCUCCGAUUAAUAACUCAUUUCGUAAGCGAACAAACCAAUAUAUAUGUGAUCUAACCUUCAGUAUUACGCAGUUGCAAUUCUGUUAAAUUAAACCAAAGUUUUAAUUCAACGGCAGAAAUCGGUGUUCCCUCGAAAUAAUGUUACUUUAGCGUAUCGUAUGCCAUUUAUGUCGUUCAUAGACGAACUCUAUGAUAUUAUUGUACUUAGUCAUUUAGCUGCCAGCUAGAAUAAUAAACUCUUGAAAAAUA